AUGAUUUUAUCACAAAACAAUUAUGAUGGAUACAAGGAAUUUGAUAUGAAUAGAAAGUUGAGAGAUGAGGAGAAGCAGGUGAGACUGAUGAAAUAGGAGAUUAUGAAAUAGCAACUGGUUGAGUAGACGCAAUUGUAAGAACAAAGAAAAAAGGAGUUACAGCUGUAAAAGUAAAGGGAAGAUGAGGAAUAAAUUCAAUUGAUACGUAAAAAGCAAGGAGAAGAAAAGUUUUAAUAAAUAUAGAAUAAAGAAACCAUGAAAUAAAAUUUGCAGUAACAGAACCAUCUCAUUUUGAAUCAUCAGAAACUAAUAAUUGAUGAGAAGAAACAAGAAACGCUGAAAAUAGAGAAUGAUAUAAUCAACAAUGCAAUAAAUGGAUUGUCAUUGGAAGAACAAAUGAGAAGAUAGAAGAGAGAAAUGUAAAAAUAGAUUGUUGAAUAAUAAAUGAAAGAAUUGCAAUAAAGAAAAGAAAAAGAGAAGAAGGACAAAGAAUUCGAAUAAUUAAUUUAUAAAGAGCAAACCUAAAAUGAAUCGCUUCGAAUUUAAAAAUAGGAAGAUUCAUAUAGAAAUUAUUACCAGAAAUUGUCAGAAAGAUAAAAUGCUUUAUAAGACAUCUAUAGAUAAAAGGUUGAUAAUCCGAAGUUGUACCUUGAUUAGAUGAUCAAUAAGCAAGUGAAAGAAAGAUAAGACAAAGAGGAGACAGAAUACUUAACUCGAAGAUCAAUAUAGUAAAAAUAGAAAGAAAUGUAUUAAAAUGGAUUGGCCAAUCAGAUAUAUGAGUAAAAUGAAAAGAAGAAACAGGAAGAUAAUGUGAAAGAACAAAGAAAAUAAGAAAUAUUGCAAGCUUCCCUAUUAUUUGAAGAAUAACAAAGAUUAGAUCGAUUAAGAAAGAGGGAAAUACAAUAACAAUACCAUACACAGUUAUCAUCAUUGAGCUAAUCUCAAAGUCAAAGCAGUGGAAACCUAAACACUGAAGUUUCUUAGUCGAAUAUCUACAACCCAUUAACAAAUCCUAAUCCUAGCCAAAUUUAAAAUCCUUAUAUUCUUCGAUAAAUAUAACACAACAAUGGUAAUCUCCAACAAUCCCAGUCGAUGAGUUAAUCAAAAUUAGCUUCUUUUGGAAAAAGCAGCUUAUUAAAUUGA